ACAUCUGUAAUCACAUAUUUUUAUAUACAUAUAUAUUUAUUAUUUAAUAUUUAAAAUUAAAUAUACCAAGUCAGUGUUACAGAAGCCGGUAGUUUUUGAUGAUCCAUAAAAAAAUAAGGAAAUAAUGCUGAUAAAACCGAGUCUGUAAUAAAAUAUAAGUACAUAUGUUGUAAAAUAUAAGAUAAGUGUAAAGUAAAUCAAGUAAGUGGUACGGAAGCCAGUAGCUGCAUUGCGUUUGAUAAAAAAUUAAAUGCAGUAACGGGAUAUUUGGGUGCUCUGAUAAAAAACGCCAUCAGUUGAAAAAAUGUCCGUGUAUAUUUUGUAAAGAUUUUACCACGUGCUGAGUAUGAGCUGCAUCGAAUCUGCAUAUAUAUAUUAAUGUCUGUGUCUAUAUCUAUAUAUAUAUAUAUAGGUACUUAUACGUAUACCUAGUUUCAGUUGUACCUGAGUUUGCUUGGUUUGGUGUUUGUGUUAGUAAUAGUGCUGGUAGUUGCAGCUUGUGACUGCGGUUAAAGAAGGAGAAUAAGAUAAACGUAAACGUAAGCGGCGAUUAUCACCGGUCUAGGUAUAGUCUUACGGUCUUUCCCUCCACGUGUCUGCUCUCACAUGUAAUGUAAGUAAAACAAGCUGUAGCUGUAAGACGAAAUAAAAUGUGGACGAUGAACGAUGAAUGCCGAGACAGUAGUGGGAAAGCAGCCGAGGCAACAGCACACGCGUCGAUAUUUUAAAAACAUCUGCUCCAUUCAUCUCUGAAGAGAGCGGUUUUAUUUAUAUAUAUUUUAUAUAUAGGUUUUGGUUUAAAAUUUUUGGAUCCGGGAUCUGGAUCAGAAUUUUUGAGUUUUUAGUUAUUUGAAUAAAAUUAAAAAAAAAAUGCCGGACAAAGUUGCACCAGCGGAGCACCAAAUUUUACCCGCCAAAGCGGCUAAAGAACAACAGAGCGUUAAACUUAAAAAGGAACUUGGAUUGUUGGAUGGAGUUUCGAUUAUUGUGGGAGUUAUUGUUGGCGCCGGAAUUUUUGUGUCACCUUAUGGUGUUUUGGACAAAAGCGGCAGCAUUGGAUUUUCUUUGAUAGUAUGGAUUUUCUCGGGCCUGCUGUGUCUGGUUGGAGCACUUUGCUAUGCGGAACUGGGAACGAUGAUACCAAAAUCUGGUGGCGAUUAUGCAUAUAUAAGUGAUGCAUUUGGACCACUACCAGCAUUUUUAUAUUUAUGGGUUGCAUUAUUUAUACUAGUACCUACUGGUAAUGCAAUAACUGCCUUAACUUUUGCAAUAUAUAUACUAAAACCCUUCUGGCCUGACUGUGAGCCGAAUUAUGAAGCCGUACGGUUAUUAGCCGCUGUUGUAACAUGCUUGCUUACGGCAAUUAACUGCUACAAUGUCAAGUGGGCAACACGAAUCCAAGAUAUUUUUACCGGUACGAAAAUAUUUGCCCUGAUAUUAAUAAUAGGCGCCGGAUUUUGGCAUUUGUUUGCAAGUGGGCCGCAGAAUCUCAUAAGGCCGAUGGGUGGGACCAAUACAGAACCCGGUUACAUCGCCGUGGCCGUUUACUCGGGUCUUUUUUCUUACUCCGGGUGGAAUUAUUUGAAUUUCGUUACCGAAGAGCUCAAAGAUCCUUAUCGAAAUUUGCCACGAGCUAUUUGUAUAUCGCUACCAUUGAUAACAAUUAUUUAUGUGCUGGCUAAUUUUUCAUACUUUAUCGUCUUGACUAAACAAGAAAUUUUAACAUCGACCGCAGUCGCAGUCACAUUCGGUGAUAAAUUACUGGGACCAAUGGCAUGGAUAAUGCCAUUUUUUGUCGCAUGCUCAACAUUCGGUGCUCUAAAUGGUGCGAUAUUCGCUUCAUCUCGUUUAUUCUUUGUAGGAGCACGUAAUGGACAUUUACCAAACGCAAUCGCACUCAUAAAUAUAAGAAACUUAACGCCAAUGCCAGCUCUUAUCUUUCUUUGCAUUAUCACACUGGCGCUGUUGGUACCAAAGGACAUUGAGGGGCUGAUCACUUAUGUCAGUUUUGUUGAGGCAGUCUUCAUUACGAUGUCAGUAUCGGGUCUGCUCUGGUUGAGGUACAAAAGGCCUGAUCUUCAUCGACCUAUUAAGGUAUCAUUAGUGCUGCCAAUAUUAUUUUUAAUGAUAUGUAUAUUUUUGGUAACUGUACCCUGUUAUGUAAAACCAUUGGAAGUAGGAAGUGCAGUUAUGAUAAUUUUGUCAGGGAUUCCUGUGUACUUUAUUUUUGUUCAAUGGCAAAAGAAACCCAAGUGGCUGGAAAAUGCUUCCCAUAAUGUCAAUGUCACCUGCGCAAAACUUUUUAUGUGCGUAUCCGAAGAGAAAGAUGACUGAUUUAAAAAAAUAUAUAAACUCAAUUAAAUAAGCAAAAAAAAAAAAGAUAUCCCAGGUAAAAAUUUCAGGCGAAAAAGUUUUUAUAAAAAAUUUUUUUAUCAACCAAAAAGGAGCCGACAAAAGGUCCAGGUUGCGAACGCAUGGCUGAAAAUUUUAAGCCGACAAAUGACCAAAAAAAAAUACGAUGGCCGAAAAUAGGCUGGGUCUAUUUUUUAGCCAACUUUCGACCUUUUCGAAUAAAAUUUUACAGAUUUCGUGAUUUCGGUCAGGUUUAGAUUUUUCAGCCAAAUAUUUUUACCUGGGAUCGAAAACUACCUAACGAAUGUUAGAACGUUAACAAAAACAAACUAUUUGUUCAAUUGCGCAAUGAGAAAGUGUCUUGAAUGUUCAAUUAUAUAUAUACACAUAUAUAUACAUAUACACAUAAAUUUUAUUAUCUAUUUAAAUUUCGAUUGAGUAAAUUGAGUUGAUCGAGUUUAAGUCAAUCGUACAAGUUGUGUCUACAAGUUGAUAAAGCGAUCCAGGCUGCUUUUAUUAUUAUUUAUUAUUAAUAAUAAUAAUGACUCUUAUUACGCAAUUAAUUAAUAAAUUAAUUAAUAAACCCAUAAGCCUAGAUGCCUUUUGUAAAAACAUAUCAGCCAAUACAAUUGUCACCCGUAGACCCAAUAAUUAAAUUAUGUAAUUAAUUAAAUCGGAAACAUUCCGAAUUAUAUAUAAGGACAAUAAUUUUAAUUAGUAUUUAUUAUUAUUAUAUUGAUAAUUAUGUAAUAAUUAUUAAUUAAUAAUUAGUAAAUUUUUUUUUACUUUAAAGUUAAAAGAAUGUAAUAAAACUAGUGCCUAAAUAUUUAUUAAGCCUUACAUUUUAAUGAGUAAUUAAUAAUUACUGCAAGUGCUGUAUUUAUUUGUAAUGAAUUUUUAAAUAAAUAAAUUAACAUUAGCUUUAA